AGCAAUGUGCUCUCUGACAUUAAGAUAUCUUGCAUUUUAUUCUUCACUGAUUUGCCUUACGUUUUGUUAUCUGACAUUUUAAAAGGUUGAAGAAAUUCAAAUAACAAGCUCAAAUGACAGCAUAUUGCCGUAUAGGUGAGAUGGGCAGCCAAAGGAAAGAUAGCUUCCUAUGGGGAAAAAAAGAAGCUUCGGAAGAUCUCACACCAGCAGAGUUGCAGCAAAUAAAUAUCCUGAAAACACACAAGAAUGACCUGCUAGAUGACAUUCAGAAACUGAGGAUGGAGAUCGACAACGUCAUGUCAGAAAUACAGAACAUGGAGUCGGAAGAGGAAAACAAAGACAUUGUGAGGGGAAAGCAGUUCUUGUGUGGAAAGAAGAAGUUCAACAUGGACCCCAAAAAGGGUAUACAGUACUUGGUUGACAAUGACCUCUUAGAGUGGGAGCCUGAGGCUGUGGCGGAGUUCCUGUACAAAGAAGAAGGCCUCAACAAGACUGCGAUCGGGGACUUCCUAGGAGAGAGGGAAGACAUGCAUCUUCAGAUCCUGAAAGCCUUUGUGGAACUUCAUGAAUUUUCAGACCUUAACCUUGUACAGGCAUUAAGACAGUUCCUGUGGAGUUUCCGUCUCCCGGGAGAAGCGCAGAAAAUCGAUCGCAUGAUGGAGGCCUUCGCCACCCGCUACUGCAACUGCAACUCUGAUGUCUUCCAGUCCACAGAUACCUGCUACAUCCUGUCUUUCGCCAUCAUCAUGCUGAACACCAGCCUCCACAACCCCAACGUAAGGGACAAACCCACACUGGAGCGAUUCAGCAGUAUGAACAGAGGCAUCAACAAUGGCGGUGACCUGCCCGACGAGCUUCUCACAAAACUGUACGAGAGCAUAAGGAGCGAGCCGUUCAAAAUCCCAGAGGAUGAUGGGAAUGACCUCACUCACACCUUCUUCAACCCUGACCGAGAGGGCUGGCUGCUCAAACUGGGGGGCAGGGUGAAGACCUGGAAGAGGAGGUGGUUUAUUCUGACGGACAACUGCCUGUACUACUUUGAGUAUACCACAGACAAGGAGCCCAGAGGCAUCAUUCCACUUGAAAACCUGUGUGUACGGGAAGUGACGGACCAGCGCAAACCGUACUGCCUGGAGCUCUAUAACCCCAAUAGUAAAGGUCAGAAGAUCAAGGCCUGUAAGACAGAGACAGACGGCCGGGUGGUGGAGGGGAAGCACCAAUCUUACAAGAUCUCAGCAUCCUCAGCUGAGGAGCGAGAUGAUUGGAUAAAGUCCAUCAGAGCGAGUAUCACAAAGGACCCCUUCUAUGACCUGGUGUCGGUCCGUAAGAGGAAGGUUAUCAACCAGAUGUCCCAGCCCUGAGAGAUCAGCAGUCAGUCAGUGGACAGAGGACCAUGGGGGUGGGGGGGUCUCACAAAAGGCCUUCCAUGUGGAGGUGAGAUGGAGAACCCCUGCACUGUGAAGCACUUGCCUCCUCAUAAAACAAUGACUCUACUAAGGAGUAAGAGCAAAGCACAAGUACCUCCCUCUCUCAGCCUACGGACACUCUCCGUCAUGCAAAGCCUGGUUCCUGUUGCGUUGCUGAAGACAACACACAAAAGACCCAGCCAGGUGUGGGUUUAAGGAAAGCAACCUAGAAUCUGUUUCUAUGGCAUUGCAUCUGAGGUUGUUAAAGGUAUUGAGGCUCUGCAAUCAGAGCCUGAUAUCAGAACUUUUGCCAUUAAUAAGAGAAGACAGCCGGGGUGAACUUUUGCACUGCUGAGAGAAAACCUCAAAACUGACUUGAUCUAACCCUAUCAGUCUGCCCAGAAUGGACAACAAAAUUGAUAGCUCUGAUCAUUUUGUGAUAGUGAAAGUGGAAAGGACCAUAGUGCAAAAGAUUAUUGAAUUACUUGUUUGGGUUUUUUUGUGGAAAAGUAUGCUAGAUCCAUGUACUAACAUUGUAGCUUGUUCUUCAUCCCCUGAUUCAUUCUCAUGUAGAUUCUAUAGAAUGUUUUACCUUCAUUCUAUUCUUUUAGACUUGCUCUGUCUGGCCAUCACUCUUGUGAGCAUUAAAGUAUCAUGUGGCUUUCAUAGGUUCAUAUUCUCACGGUGAAUGUGAAUGGAUGGUUGAUUAGCUAGAAAGGAAAAGGAGAAGUUUCUCACAGAACAGCUGUGACAAAGCAUCUAUUUUCAGAGCCCGACCAUUUCAGCUUGUUCUCACUUCCACCCUGUUCUGGAGGUUAAGGGUCCUGCUCACUGUUCAGCAGGGCACGUACUCAAAAGACCUCACUCACACACAUACACACACACAAACACCCAUGCACAUGCUUACA